AUGAUCCAGGAUGGAGGACGAGGACCGGAGCUUGUGCUUGCCCUCAUUGCGGCCAUCUCUGGUCGGGGCUCGCCGGAAUACACGACCUUUGCCUUGCCCCUUGUCAGGGACAUUGCCUUCGAGCUUAAUGUGGUGGCCCCGGCGGUGCUGAAUGGCUCGGUGAAUCAGCUGCAGGGGCCGCGUCACUUCGAGGGUUCUAUGUCGGCCUCGAGGUUGGAUGACUGGAUUGAGUAUGUGGAGUACCACAUCCUCGUAGAGCACCUCCAGGCCCGCUACCCCGAGAUCACCAUGGAGUGGAACCGCCAGGUUCGCAUGGGGGCUGGACCCACGGAGCCGGUUCCUUCGCGGCCGACCAACGGUGAGGAGGUGGCCGAGUUUAACAGGCUGACAGGGCAGGGCACCCGCCGUCCCCGCCCCAGGGUCAGGGAGCACCCGCCGCCCAACAGCUGGGCUGCAGUGGUUGUGGCAAUCGCUGCAUAUGUGGACACUCGUCGGUACGGGACUCACACGACCUUCGCUCAUCGACAACUUCAUAUGAUUCAGUCGCUGACGAGUGACCUGCGCAACCUGACUACCUCGGUGCCUCCGCCUGGGUUUGACAGAUGGGCUUCCCACAUGGAGUGCUCCCUUUGGGAGAGUUGUCGAAAUGGAGCGAGCGGCAGCACUGACCUUGCGGUGCAGGAUGGACUGGGUCAGGCUGCGGUGGUGGUGUCCUGCCUUCUUGGACGAGGGGGCGUGCCGUGCUUGGUGCUGGGUUUGGCGCUUGGUGCAGCUCAACCGCCUGACGAUGUUCCUCGCGUUCCGGAUGAUCCUCGAGAACCCGCCGGCCUCGGGCAAGACGUGGUCCUACCUCACUGGCUGGUCGCUGUCCUUGCCACGACGGAGAACAUGGUGCAGCGAGGGGCUGAUGGAUCGGGCAUUCAGGGGUUCCUUUUUGCCCUUGCGGCUUCACGAGAAACACCCGCCUACCUACGCUUUGUGGAGCAGUACCUCCGUGUCCUCCGCUUGCUUGUGCCCCUGCCGGACAUGGGGCCUCCUCCGACUACGCCGGACUCGGGCCUCGUGGAGAUGGCCUUGUUCGCCGACAACCACAUGCUGGGGGAGUUCCUGGUGGAGAACUAUGCCGCCGAGCUUGAACUUCACCACCAAGCGGUGCUUGCCGGGCGCCUCGGUACGGAUGAUGACCUAGGUCCGGCGAUGGGGGAGACAUCGCCUCUCAGAGACCGCCGCGAGCAGUGCAACCUUGUUCGGAGAGACUCUGCGAUGCUCCGGCGCUUGCGCCAGGCGGAGCACCCACCACCGGACCCUCGAGGCCAUCGACUUUCCUGGGUUGGCGAGGCCCUGCAGAUGAUUGUGGAUGAACAGGCACAGGGAUUCGACAUGGCGCCGUGCCUCCCUCUACUCCGAGCAUGCGUGGCCAACAGGCGCUUUGCGGAGUACGAGCAAGGGGCGGCGGGUUACCUUGGGGAGCUCGAGCAUGAGGCGACCGAAUUGUGGUGCGCGCCGCAGUGCCGCUGCCCGGAGAACUUGGCAACCUGGGCGGCUGUCAUGGAGGAAGGGCUGUGGAAUGCCUUUGUCCUGCACGGCCUGGACCUAC